UCUCGGCGCCAUAUUGACCACAACGAUGUGAAACAUUAUUAUAAACUACUUAGAGAACAAUUCUGGACAGUAAAGAUAUGAAGACAUUAGAUACAACUACAGUCUGCCUCAGAGUGCGUGGAAACAACACAGUAAAUGUUAGGCGCGAGAAGCUGCAGUGAGAGUCGAGAGAGGCCUUGAUCUCGCACAUCCAUGAGCCCACCAGUCUGGCACUUGUCUUGCGUGAGGACAUAUGCACCUCAGUGAGUGAAGCAUUACAAUGAGUUAGUCUCCUUAUUCUACAUUCCAAUAUAAGCAAGGUGUAGCAGAGACCUCUCACUACGGUCAAGAUGUUCAGGGUGACAGUGGAGCCGGCAGUGUUUCUCUACUGUGCCUCCUACGUGGUGCAGCUCAGCGUGCUUCAAGAUUUUAUUUUCAUGAAGUUGUGCCGAGAGCACUAUUCGCAAGAGGUGUGUGUUGGGAGGUGGAAGGAGGAUUCGGUGAUAGAUGUUGCGUGGGUGGAAAACAAGGCAGUGAACUACGUGAUGUGGUUGAGUGUAAUCACAAGCAUCCUUUCUGUCAUCAUGGCCCAGUUCUUCGGCGUGGCGCUUGACAGGUAUUCACCGAAAGUGGUGAUGACAGCCCCCUUCAUGGGAUUCCUGGCGCAGCACCUGGUGUGCGUGGUGGUGGCGGCCCUGCCAUCCCUGCCGCUGGCCGUGAUGUAUGUUGGGGCCACGCUGAACGGAAUAUCGGGAGGUUAUCCAUUAUUUAAGUCUGCUGUGAGCAGCUACGUGGUGAGGACAGCGUCCCCUGAGGAGCGGACCUUCCGGCUGUCGAUGGUGGAAGGGACGGUGUUCCUGGGCGGCGCGGUGGGGCCCUUCACCCUCAAGCAAGUCGUAACCUCCACCACCACUGGCCACGACUACUUGUUUCUUGGCAGUGAGAUGUCGUUGGCGGUGGCCUUGCUCUACAUUGUUUUCAUCCUGCCGGACUCCCAUUCGACAUCUCAGGAGAAUGCUGAGCUUCCUCCAGAGCACAGCGGUACCGCACUCUGUACUCAGGUCAAAACAGUUCUGCAAAACUUUAGCGGCUCUGUUUCCACCGUGCUGCGCCACAGGCCGGCUGGGAAACGCACUUCAGUUCUCCUCCUGAUAUUAGCAGACUUUUUCAUAGCCAUCGUCUACUCCGCUGAGUUUGACCUGUUGUAUAUGUACAUGCACAACUACCUUGGGUUUACCUUGGGGCAGUAUUCCCUCUACCUGGUCAUCAAGAACUUGGUGAAUGGCAUAUCCCUGUUGGGCGUGUUACCAUUGCUGCGCCUUGUAUUUGAUAUCAGCGAUGCUUCACUUGGCAUACUGGGAGGGACAUCGCGGGUGGUGGCCUUCACCAUGCUGGCGCUCAACACUUCCCACACCCUCACCUACAUAGUGCCAUUCUUGGACGUGUUCGGGCAGUACUUGUUUGUGGUGCUGAGGUCUUCCUUGUGUGGUCUUGUCAAGCGGGAAGAGCAAGGGCGUGUGUUGACAGUACUGUCGUCGCUGGCACAGAUGUCUAUGUUAGUCGGAUCCCUUUUGUUUGAUAAUGUGUAUCCUGCCUUGGUGUUGCUGGCACAUCCUGGAUACACUUUCCUCGUGGCCGCCACCACCAUGGCCACCGCAACUACGAUAUUCAUAUGCAUCCGUUGUUGUCGGGCAAAAGAAGGUACCUGUGAAGAGACGCAACCGAUUCUACGGUGAAGAAACUUAUAAAUAGGUAGACAGAUUAACAAACACUUCUACAGGCAUCUUAAUUAAUGUGAGGGCAGAUCAAUUAUGAUGAUGACCACUCAGAUUUACAGAAGCAACGAUAGCUUAAAUAAACUUAAUCCGGGAGAGUCUCAUUUACCGUCAUAAAAUGGUACAAAGAAUUAAAAAAAAAAAAA